GUCUCUUUUGCGGGCUUGCUCUUCUACACGGUCUUUGAUAGGAUCGCGUUCAUCGCGAUGCAUCUCCGCGGCAAUCCAAUGCCCUGCAGGCGGCUUUCGGGCCCGGUUGAUGCUGUAAGUGCUUGGUUGACGUAUGUUGUUCACCAUUUCUUUGCGACUCGUCUUUCCUUUUGGCCUCUUUGUUCCUUGGCUCUCCAUUCUGCAUACGUCCCUCGAAGUCGACCGAGAGGAUGGGUCAACAACAGGAAGCAGGUACAGGCACAUCACCUGCCGAGCAGAGCCCACGAAAUGGCAAGAAGAGAGUGGUUGUUGCCGGCUUAGGAAUGGUGGGGAUAGCCUUCAUCGAGAAGCUGUUAAAGUACGACGAAAAGAGAGGGGAGUACGAGGUGGUCGUCAUUGGCGAAGAAGCUCAUCUGGCAUACAACCGAGUCGGCUUGACGAGCUACUUCCAGCAUCGCAAAGUGGAAGAUCUGUACCUCAACCCGGAGUCAUGGUAUUCUGAGCUACCGGAAGGUAGCUUGGAGCACCGGCUCAACACCCGUGUGACCUCGAUCAACACCGAAGACAAAACGGUCGAAACGAGUAACGGCGACCAUGUUCCAUACGACGUUCUGGUCAUCGCGACCGGAUCCAAUGCCAUCUUGCCACGGCACACCCCCGGCCAUGAUGCGAAUGGCGUCUUUGUCUACCGCACAAUCGAAGAUCUGCAGAAACUCAUCGACUUUUCCGCUCAACACAAAGGCAGCGUCGGAGCGGUAGUCGGUGGAGGUUUGCUUGGCCUGGAAGCUGCCAAGGCGAUGAUGGAUCUGGAAGAGUUUGGCCAGGUCAAGUUGAUUGAGCGAAACAAAUGGGUGAUGAGCAGGCAAUUGGACGGUGACGCCGGCACCAUGGUUGUCGAACAAGUUCGCGACCUCGGGCUGGACGUCAUGCUCACCAAACGCAUCGGCCAGAUCAACACGGAUGCCGACAAUAACGUCACCGGCGUCACAUUUGAAGAUGGCGACAAGAUGGAGUGCUCAUGCAUCUGCUUCGCCAUCGGCAUCAAACCGCGUGACGAGCUUGCGCGGAAGAGCAAUCUCGAGUGUGCGAAGAAGGGUGGCAUCAUUAUCGACCCAAAGCUGGCGACCUCGGCGAAAGAUGUGUAUGCUAUCGGCGAGUGUGCAAGCUGGAACGACCAGACGUACGGCCUGAUAGCACCGGGCAUCGAGAUGGCCGAUGUACUCGCAUUCAACCUCACUCAGGCGAAAGCACACACUGUGCGACAAUUCAAGAGGCCCGACUUGAGCACCAAGUUGAAAUUGCUGGGAGUGAAUGUGGCUAGCUUCGGCGACUUCUUUGCAGACCGCGAUGGACCGAAGUAUCUGCCAGCCAGACGACGUGCCAAAGACGAAAAGUCGGCAUCCACGAAUGGCAAUACACCUGCAAGCGUCAAGGCCCUCACUUACCGAGAUCCAUUCGAGAAUCACUACAAGAAGUACAUCUUCACCGAAGACGGCAAAUAUCUCCUUGGCGGCAUGAUGAUCGGUGACACCAAAGACUAUGUCAAGCUGGUCGCAAUGGUGAAGAACCAGCAGACGCUUGAUGUGCCGCCCGGUGAAUUCAUCAUUGGCGCCAGCAAAGAUGGGGACGAGGACGGAGACGAUUUGCCAGGCGACACUCAGAUCUGCUCGUGUCAUAACGUCUCGAAAGACGACAUUGUGGAGCCGAUCAAGGAGGGCAAAUGCAACUCUCUGGGAGACGUCAAGUCUUGUACCAAAGCCGGCACUGGCUGCGCUGGCUGCGUGCCUCUCCUUACGAACAUCUUUAACAAGACAAUGGCCUCCAUGGGCCAGGAAGUGAAGAAUCAUCUGUGUCCACACUUUGAAUACUCCCGCGCCGAUCUCUACAACAUCAUCUACGUGAAAAAGCUAGACAGCUUCCCCAGCGUGAUGAAGGAAUGCGGCAAGGACGAGAAGUCGCUGGGUUGUGAAGUGUGCAAGCCCGCCGUGGGCUCGAUCAUCGCGUCUCUAUUCAACAAGCACGUCCUCGAUCCGGAUCGAAGACAUUUGCAAGACACCAACGACCGCUUCCUCGCCAACAUGCAACGCAACGGGACCUUUUCCGUCAUCCCACGUAUUGCGGGUGGAGAAAUUACACCGGAGAAGCUCAUCGUCAUCGGCACGGUUGGGAAGAAAUAUGGCUUGUACACCAAAAUCACCGGCGGACAGAGGAUAGAUAUGUUUGGAGCGAAGAAGCCCGACUUGCCUGCCAUUUGGCAGGAGUUGAUUGACGGAGGAAUGGAGUCGGGUCAUGCGUAUGCCAAGGCACUGCGUACCGUCAAGACGUGUGUGGGGACUACAUGGUGCCGCUUCGGAAUUGGGGAUAGCGUUGGGAUGGGAGUGAGGCUUGAGGAACGGUACAAGAGCAUUCGCGCACCGCACAAGAUCAAGGGUGGAGUAUCGGGGUGUGUACGGGAGUGCGCGGAAGCACAAAGCAAGGACUUUGGCCUCAUCGCGACCGACAAGGGGUACAACAUCUUUGUUGCUGGGAAUGGAGGCGCCACGCCGAGACAUUGCGAUUUGCUUGCCAAAGAUGUGCCCCCAGAUGAGGUCGUGCCGAUACUGGACCGCUACCUGGCAUUUUACAUCCGGACGGCGGACAAGUUGCAGCGAACGGCGAGAUGGUUGGAGAAUUUGCCCGGUGGCAUCAAGUAUCUAAAAGAAGUGAUACUCGACGACAAGCUGGGCAUUUGUGCGGAGUUGGAGAAGCAGAUGCAGGAUCUGAUUGGAACUUAUUUCUGCGAGUGGACGGAAACGCUCAAAUCGCCAGAGCGUUUGCAGACCUUUUCCCAAUUCGCCAACACCAGCGAGCGCGCCGAUGGGAUUGAGAAGGUGGAAGAGCGCGAUCAAUCCCGGCCUACCUUUUGGCCAAAGGAAUCGGUCACGGAGGAUUUCCGAGGUACUAAAUGGAGCAAUCUCAGCUGGCAGCCGCUGGCGAAGAGCGAGCAGUUUAGUGAUGCGCAAGCCGGGUCGAGUGUGGCCGUGAAGCGCGGCGAUACGCAGCUCGCCAUCUUCAAGGUCAAGGGAAAGUACUACGCCACGCAGCAGAUGUGUCCACACAAGCGGGCGUUCGUCCUCAGCGAUGGGCUCAUCGGUGACGACAACGACAAGAUGUGGAUCAGCUGUCCUCUGCACAAGAGAAACUACACUCUCAACGGCGAAGAGGCGGGCAAGUGCAAGAAUGACGAGGCAGUCAACAUUGCCACAUUCCCCGUUGAGGCGCGAGAGGAUGGAAUGGUGUAUGUGAAGCUGCCGCCAGUGGAGGAAUUAGACGCUGUGCUGGGAACGCAGAAGUGGUUGGUGAGGAGGGAAGGCGAGGAGAAGCCUUUUGAGCAAAUGGAUCGCAAGUUGAAGCCUGUCAUGAAGGGGAGGAAGGGGGUGUCUGCAAGUCAUCUUCCCAACGGGCUAGGAGCGCAGGGCAAGGUGCAGGCGAUUUUGGUUGGGGGAGAGCGUGGGUCGAGUGGGAUUGAUUGGUAGUGUGGACACGACCAUUUCUUACGCAUAUCAAAGGAAGUGUCUUGGUU